CCUUUACUUUAGUAUUCUCUUGAGGCCAGCGGCGAUUGGUUUUGCAAUUACUAAUUUUUAUUUAACUUAAAAGAUAGUACAACUAUUUAGUGCAUUUAAACAAUGUCGCAGAUCUGUAAGCGCGGUUUGUUGAUCAGCAACCGAUUGGCGCCCGCCGCCCUCCGUUGCAAAUCAACAUGGUUCUCUGAGGUGCAAAUGGGUCCUCCUGAUGCCAUCUUGGGCGUUACAGAGGCCUUUAAGAAGGACACGAACCCGAAGAAGAUCAACUUGGGCGCUGGCGCCUAUCGUGAUGACAACACUCAGCCCUUUGUGCUGCCCAGUGUUCGGGAGGCCGAGAAGAGAGUACUGAGCCGUAAUUUGGACAAGGAAUACGCAACUAUUAUUGGCAUUCCAGACUUCUACAACAAGGCCAUUGAACUGGCUUUGGGCCAGGGAUCCAAGCGUCUGGCGGCCAAGCACAAUGUGACCGCCCAGUCCAUCAGUGGAACUGGUGCUCUGCGCAUUGGAGCUGCAUUUCUGGCCAAAUUCUGGAAGGGCAACCGUGAAAUCUACAUCCCAACUCCAUCUUGGGGUAACCACGUCGCCAUUUUCGAGCACGCCGGCCUGCCUGUUAAUAGGUAUCGCUACUACAACAAGGACACUUGCGCUCUGGACUUCAGCGGACUGAUUGAGGAUCUGAAGAAAAUCCCGGAGAAGAGCAUUGUUCUCCUGCACGCCUGCGCCCACAACCCAACUGGAGUCGAUCCUACUUUAGAGCAAUGGCGCGAGAUCUCCGCGGUGGUGAAGAAACGUAAUCUGUAUCCCUUCAUCGAUAUGGCCUACCAGGGCUUUGCCACUGGAGACGUUGAUCGCGAUGCCCAGGCUGUUCGUACCUUCGAAGCCGAUGGCCACGACUUCACCUUGGCCCAGAGUUUCGCCAAGAACAUGGGAUUGUAUGGUGAACGUGCUGGUGCCUUUAGCAUUGUGUGCUCCGACGAGGAGGAGGCAGCCCGUGUAUUGUCUCAAGUAAAGAUCCUGAUCCGUGGUCUGUACUCCAACCCUCCUGUUCAUGGAGCUCGUAUUGCCGGCGAGAUCCUUAACAACGAGGACUUACGUUCCCAGUGGCUGAAGGAUGUGAAACUGAUGGCCGAUCGGAUUAUCAAUGUACGAGCCCAGCUCAAGGAUAACCUGGAGAAACUGGGAUCCAGCCAGAACUGGGACCACAUUGUUAACCAAAUCGGCAUGUUCUGUUUCACGGGCUUGAAGCCAGAACAGGUUCAGAAAUUGAUCAAGGAGCACAGUGUCUAUCUGACCAACGAUGGUCGUAUUUCGAUGGCGGGAGUAACCAGCAAGAAUGUUGAGUACCUGGCCGAGAGCAUACACAAGGUCACCAAGUAGGGUGGAGCUAAAAGUGGACCAGUGGAGAUCGAAGUAGAGAUGGAGUUUCAGUAGUACCUUCUUAUCGGCACCUGUACGAAUUUUCUAGCACCAAUGAAAUUGAGAACUCUAGUUAAACGAAUGCAUUUUGCACACUCUCUAUAUAUCUCUGUAUAUAAGCUAAAUGAUCUGCCUUUUUGAAAGUAAAGCAUUUUAAAUGAUAGAAAAUA